GUUCGUUGCGGAUGCAUACGAGUUCGGUUGUGGUGUGCUGGGCUUGCAAGCGCUGUCACGGCCCUCCCUCUCUCUCUCACUCUCUCUCUCUCUUUUUCUCACUCACUCUCUCGGCCAUGUGUCUUGGGGAGGUUAGUGGAAAAGUAAAACUAACUCUUCUGUACCCUCGUCUAAAUCGUUACUGCUUUUAGACAUGUCUUUAUUAGGUAAUGUACACCCAGACUAAAAUAUGGAUAGUUGUCACAUCAUAAUGUAAUGUACAGGUUGUGAAUGAUAUGGUGUAAUUCGAAUUUAGUGUCCAAAAAUGUAUGUUCCAGUUUUUAACGUAAACCCCAUUCUUUUAUGACCAUGACUUUCCAGCAAGAUGAUAGUGAGGAGGUGAAACCAAAGGAAGAAUUUUAAAAAGAAAAUUUUGAAGCUUUUAACAAAGUGAUUCAACGCCCUGCAAACUGCCGUAAUUGUGCGUGACGGUGUGAUGAACUAUAUUAUAUAUAUAAGCACAAAUCUCAAGACUAGUCCAUUAUAAGCACUUUCUUUCAUAAUUCCGCGUCAAGACUGAACCAAAACACUUGUCAAAAACAAUCAAAGGUUUGUAGCGAGCUUAAGAAUUAAGGCUCGUCUUGAGAAGGAGCCGUUAUACACAAAGGAGACGUGCACUAUUACUACUACUACUACUACUACUGGGUAACAUUCAACGUUCUUCGCCUUCUUCUUCUUCGUCAUAUCAACUGCCUUAAGGCUGACGACCUCAAGAUGGAGUGCGGAGGCUACGAGAGCGAAGGCAAAGGCAAGAGAAAGCAGCACUGCACCUACUGCAAGAACCACGGCAAGAAAAGCCGCAAAACCAACCACAAAUGCGACCACGAGCACUGCGUCUGCCUCCUCUGCAAGCUGACCAGACUCUCGAGGCUGAUCAUGAGGCACCAGCAGAGGCUCUGGAGGCACCUCAAGGACUCGAAGAGGAGGCAGAACGCCGCCGCUGCAGACGCAACGGGAGCAGGAGCAGGAGGUGGAGCGGGCGAGCCUGCAGGUGGAGAACAUACUACAGAUUCCAGCGGGGCGGCAAACGGAACCAGUAGCACGAAACUGCAGAAAUGCGACAUGUGUCGGAACCACGGCGAGAUCAUGAGCAAGAGGGCGCACAAGAACGCCUGCCCUUACCAAGACUGCCUCUGCGAACUCUGCAGUCUUACCAGAAAGCGACGCUACAUCAUGAGGCUCCAACAGAGAGUCAGAAGGUCUCAAGUGACGAGCAAACAGCACAACGAAGUGUGGGAAUACGUGACCAAAGCCACAGCCGAGCUAGAAUCCCUGGGGCUUCAGGACAUCCAGCAGACGACGGACGACCCAAAUGCGUCUUCCUCGUCGUCAGACGCGUCCUCUUCGCCCUCCCCCGAUUCUUCUUCAUCCUCCACCUCGGGGGGGUCCCUGUCCCUCAAACCGGAGGUCGCCCCACCCAAUCCAGUCACUCCUGCAGCGCCAGCUGAGAUCAGGAGUAAGGAUACAGCAUCUUCUCCAGUUCCCAUGGAUAUGCCCCCUCUGGAACCACUUCCAGAGUGUUCGCCAACAAGGUACAGUCCAAGACCGCCAGCGCCUCCCCUCACCAACGUACCUCCACCUGCUGCAACUUCUCGAACCAAAACAAGCUGCUACCCUUCACCUCCUCCUCCGAAUCCUUUGCCUCCAAAUAGGGUUGUAACAAACGUCCCACAAAUGGAAAUAGAACCAGCCUGGUUGAACCUCAAAAGAGAAAGGGAAGAGUUUUUGAAACAGAACUCCAGAGUUCAAACAAGAGAAGAGAAUUUAUUCGGCCACUUGGACUUCAUGAAAGAUCAUCAUCAUCAUCAUCACCACCGGACCAUGACAGGAAGGUUGGAGCCACCAGUUCCACCAGAGGCCAGCAGGAGUUUUCAUAGCACCGCCAUUCCAAUGAAUUUCGGUACCUCUCCCAUUCCACCGUACAAGAGUUUAGUGCCCAUGAUAGACACGAGCCACCAUCCACCACCUCCACUGCAGAAAAGCAGAGCAGACUGCAAUUUACACUUUCAGUACAGGUCCAUGCUUUGGGGCAACUUACCAGCUGAGCCCAGUGUUGGCUUCGUCCCAGAAGAAUUCCAGCAACAUUGCUAUCGCAGCUUCCUCGCAAGCAACACAGACCUGCGGAUCCAGCCUCCGCCGGGACUCAUUCAAAUCCCACAGCCUCAACACCCUCUGCGGCCUCGUCCCCUCCCGCCAGUUAGGCCUCACACCCUCCCCGUCAGCGUGGAGUGUGAUCACGUGAACCUACAUUACCUGGCCUAUUUCUUACAGAAUCAAAGCCGAGACACCUUGUCUACGUUGUCCACAUCGAGGUCCUUCGGACUUCCAAGAGAGGCUCUGUUUCUGCAUCACCCGGUGCCCUAAUCUAUGACCUAUAAACAAAUCCUAUUGAGAACUUCAGUAUCGUCAUUAUUAUCGUUCGAGUGAUAUCCUAUCGUGAGGACUGUUGUGAAAAGUUGAUCUUUUAUUGUAACAAUAAAAAAAAGUAAUUAAGCCACACAUUUGUAUAUAGCAGUGACCGUUGGUAUAACUUUCCAAAGUGAUCGAUAGAUUUUUGUUUUUAAAUAUUCUCAGUUUCUAUAAUAAAUGUUUUCAUGAGAAA